UUAAACAGCUGUGCGGGUUUUGCUAUUGUUCAAUAAACACGUGGUUGACUUCAAAUAAUAUACAUACAAACGUUUCCACCACCGUCAUAAGUAAUUUUAAAAGGACAUACAACAAUAACAAAUGAACCAACUAGCGAAUUGUCUAAAAUUAUAUUCACGUUCUUGUAUUUGCGUGUUUGUUUGAAGCUGUAUUGCGUUACGAUAUUUUCAAACAGUAAGACAAUGCACACUCGACUAAAAUAAUUCCGUUGCGUUUGUUGGGAGUUCAACGGGAAAAACGGUUAUAUAUAUCCUAAUACGUUGCUUGUGUUACAUAAAAGUGUUAAAAUAGUCCAUACAACUGAAUUAAUUUAUGUACAUGUAUGAGUAGAGAAAUCGGGUGUCAAGGUCCAUUGUUUCAUCACUGCGAAAAUUUAAAGGCUGCACUAUGAAAUCAAUCACUGGAGAAAAAAUUAGAACUUGGCUACUGUCGGCUUUAAUGGUGCAUGGUGCUGUUGCAGGUAACCCAGAUGCAAAACGUCUUUAUGAUGAUCUUCUAAGCAACUACAAUAAAUUGGUCAGGCCAGUAGUAAACACAACGGAUGUUCUAAAAGUUUGCAUAAAACUUAAAUUGUCUCAACUAAUAGAUGUGAAUUUGAAAAAUCAAAUUAUGACAACCAACUUAUGGGUUGAGCAAUCAUGGUACGAUUAUAAACUAAGAUGGGAACCCAAGGAAUAUGGUGGAGUACAUAUGCUCCAUGUACCGUCAGAUCAUAUAUGGCGUCCGGACAUCGUUUUGUACAAUAAUGCUGAUGGACAUUAUGAAGUCACUCUGAUGACUAAAGCGACAGUGCAUAAUAGUGGAUUGGUGAUAUGGCAACCACCUGCAGUCUAUAAGUCAUCUUGUUCAAUUGAUGUAGAAUAUUUCCCUUACGACGUGCAAACUUGUAUCUUAAAACUAGGAAGUUGGACGUACGAUGGUUUUAAGGUUGACCUAAGGCAUAUGGAUGAACAACUAGGCAGCAAUGUGGUAGAUGUUGGAGUAGAUUUGUCGGAAUUUUACAUGUCUGUGGAAUGGGACAUUCUGGAAGUACCAGCUGUCAGGAACGAAAAGUUUUACACAUGCUGCGAUGAACCAUAUCUGGAUAUCACGUUUAAUAUUACUAUGCGAAGAAAAACGUUGUUUUACACAGUGAACAUUAUUAUUCCUUGUAUGGGAAUAUCCUUCUUAACUGUGUUGACCUUUUAUUUGCCUUCAGACAGCGGAGAAAAGGUAACGCUGUCAAUCUCGAUUCUCAUUAGUCUCCACGUGUUCUUCUUACUAGUUGUCGAAAUUAUACCACCGACGUCAUUGGUAGUGCCACUUCUAGGGAAGUACUUAAUAUUUGCUAUGAUAUUGGUUUCGAUCAGUAUAUGUGUCACUGUGGUUGUUCUCAACGUUCACUUCCGGUCACCACAAACUCACCGAAUGGCUCCAUGGGUGAAGAAUGUAUUCAUUGAUAGUUUGCCGAAGUUUUUAUUCAUAAAACGUCCAAAAUACAACUUCGAGACAAGCCUAACCUCAACUGGUCCAUUUGGAGGAAGUUGCCAGAUUCACGGGCUUAUACCCUCAUUGGCACAAUCAGAAUCGGAUGAUCUACCUGUUGUACCUGAUAUGGAAAUAGGACCGUCUGGAAUAAAAAGUCCUAUUCUAGCAAAUCCAGUAUUUUCUCACACCAACUGUCCACCUAGUGUACACCGCAGCUGUUUCUGCGUACAAUUUAUAUCUGAACACACCCGAAUGCAGGAAGACUCAACUAAGGUUAAAGAAGAUUGGAAGUACGUUGCUAUGGUCCUUGAUCGACUAUUUUUGUGGAUUUUUACACUAGCGGUUUUAGCUGGUACAGCUGGAAUAAUAUUGCAAGCUCCAACUCUCUACGAUGAUCGAAUUCCUAUUAUUGAGCAGAAAGAUGUAGACUUCUCUGGAAAUUCUGCUGGUCGCUGCCGUCCUCCACAAUAGCACACGAGAGACCACACCCUUACACUGUAGCAUAAAUAUUAUUAGUAGGAAAUGUGCCAAUUUAAUAUAUAGUAGUUGUCUGUAUUUGUCGUAUAUACAAAGAUAUUGAAACUAUCACGGAUUUUCAUACCUUGUGGUAUGAUGUAUUUUGAAUUUGGAUAGUUAAAAGGUAAAGUUUGAACUCAUGACUUUAUUAUUAGCGGGUCUCACAUUCAAUGAAGCUGCAGCGGCGAACACGUUUAUUUUUAAUUAUUUUGGACUGAAAGUUUUGCCCCCAAUAUGUAUUGGUAAAGUAUAGGUGUUAUAAAUCGUUAGCCAAUUUAUGAAACUAGUGCGAUAAAUAUCGGAAAAUAAUGAAAAAUACUGAUCUAUGCACUUCAUAAAAAAAAAUAUUUCUUAAUUUUCUACACCGGUGUGAAUGAUGAACGUGAGAGUUAUAAGGGAUUCAAGUAAUCGUGAAUAUAGAGGGAAGUACAAUGUUGUAUUCACAUGUAUGACAGUAAAUUUUUGCACUUGAAGUUCAUAAAUAUUAAAACUACCAAACUAUCUGAGCAAGAAGCCCGGGUCUCCUGAGUACGUUGGUGAUCUGAUUUUUUCCUAUAAAAAGAAUUGUGUUUGAUGCAAAAUAUGGGCCAGUUUUGUUCUAAGAUGAAUUAUUACAAUUAUAAUGGUUUUCUUUACCUCAUAGUGAGGGUUCGGGCUGGUGAAAUUUAACCUUUUUAUACUCUCCACCAUACAUAGUAUAUUAUGUUGUCGUUCCAUUUGACAUUCAUCUUAAUAGUAAUUUUAGACCCAUCAAAGUAUACAUUUCCUUGACCGGCAUUAAAUUUUACAUUGGUUUAAAGCUUUCUUUCCGACUGUCCGUCCCUUUGUUGUAAUCAAGCUAGGGUACUUUAUCCGCAGGCAGGUCAGGUUCGAAAAUGGGUAAUAUUGGUGCUUGAUAUCAGUUAGCCCUAUAUAAAGAUACCUCUCUAUAUUCGGUAUUCUUAUGUAUAUAAGUACAUAUUCUUUGUUUUAAAUUCCAUAGAAAGAGUUCGUAAUAAGAAAUACUACUGGUGGUGGCAUUUUGACGAACGAACAUCGUCUGCAUAAGUUCACGCUUUCUAUACAUACCGACACCUCUCGAUAUUAAGUAUUUUCAUGUUUUUAUUAAAAAAAAUAAACAGAGCUGUUUUAAAUUAGGUAAUGAGGUAUUCAUGUUCAUGUUUCGUAAAACCUCCAUAUAAUGGUACCGCCCACAUUAUGAUAUCUUGAUGAGUUUAAUUGUGUUCAGUUUAAAAUAGAAUUAUUAGAUUAUGAUAGCUUUUUAUGGUAUUAUUUGCCUCAUGGUCGAUGGUUUUAAAGGUUCAAUCCUGCCGAACUUAACGUUUCUGUACUUUUUGGACAAAUUGGCCUUUUAAAAUAGUAGCAUUAUUACCAGCUUCUGAUUGGCUUAUUUCUUAAUUUCGAAAUAUGGUCAACUAGUUUUAACAUUUUUUUUAGCAAUUAUCUUACAAGUUUUGCCAUUAAAAGUAUGAGGUUACAAACAUGGUAGCCUGAGGCUAUGCUCGCCUCCUGAAUUUGAUUUUUUCAAAAUUAUUUGCAACAAGUUGUUUUCAUUUAUUUCAUAUUUUCCUCAGUUUUGAAAUGAGUUAAAUAUGAUCCAAGCUGUUUCAAUCCCAUGGCAUACGAACAUGUACUGUUUUUUUUUUUUCAAAACCAAUCAACUUAGAACAAAAUUCUAAUCAUGUUGAAGAUCGGCCUUACCUUUUUUAUAAUGGACUCAACUAAUAUGAGCAAAAAAAGAGAAUCGCUUUGAAAAAUCUAUGAAGAAUAUAAAUGAUUUAUUUGUUUCGAAUAUUGAAUAGAAUUGUACAUAUAAAAAGAUGAUUCGUGAGGCUUCACUGGUCCUCCUUAACAACGCAAGUCGGGGACUAGUGUAAUUAAAAAGAACACACAUAUAAAUUAGACGGAAUUAGCAACACAGAUAAAUAAAUUAAAAUUAUUCGGUAGUCAUGACGUUGUGUUUGUUGCAACAUGCUACGUAAACAAAAAUGUUACACCUAAUGCAUGACUUCAAUUAUUUUGUCUUUCGUAAACGCAUAUGGCCCAAUAAUUUGUAAAGGUUUUGGGUUAGUUUUAUUUACAUACAUCGUCCAUAUUAUUCAAUAUUUAUAGAAAAUAUUAACACACUGUGUAUUAGCUUAUGAAUCAUUCGAAAAUUAGUUUAUUAAAAAUAAGCAUAAGAAGAAGUAUUUCCACAAGUUUGUAAAAGGAGUAGUCUGCUAAUACUUGAUGAAUAAAGAAUUUUUAAAUGUCGUUCAAACAAUUAAA